AUGUUGACCGGAUCAUGCUUCUGUGGAAACGUCAAGUACAAUGUCUCUGGGGAACUAGCAGACAAGGGUAUCUGUCACUGCCUUAGCUGCCGGAAAAUCAGCGGCUCAACUUACACCACCAAUUUUGUUAUUCCCGAGUCCAAUUUCUCGCUUAUCUCUGGCACACUCAAGCAGUGCACUGCAAAACAUGAGAACGGAAUGGAUCUUACAAUCAAUUUUUGUCAAAAUUGUGGAACGACAAUUUACAAGACAGCCAGUCUGGAUAUGUUUGCCGGUGUGGUAGUUCUGCUGGCCGGAACCGUGGAUGGAGGACAGGGAGUAGAGAAGGCAAAACCGAAUAGUGAGCUUUGGAUGAAAUAUCGGGUGGAUUGGUUGCCUUCUCUAGAGGGGGUCACACAGUUUAAUGAGUUUCCCGGAUAG